ACGAAAGAGAACGAUUAUUACAAAGUUUUCUCUUUUAGGUUGUGAAGAUCCAAAGAUGUUACAAACCGUUAAUUGUGAUGCGGGAAUUAAAGAAACCGUUCCUGAAGACAGGAUUAGUGCAUUGCCCGAUGAUUUGCUCGUAAUAAUCUUGGAUCUUGUUCCGACAAAAGACGCAGUGGCCACCAUGUUUCUGUCCAAACGAUGGUUCUCUGUUUGGACGAUGAAACAGAGACUUGAGUACAAAGACACCAUCGAAGAGGAGGAGGAUAGUGAUGAUGAUGAUGAUGAUGAUGAUGAUAAGCAUGUGGACGAUGAUGAGCAUGAGCAUGAGAAAGCAGUGGAGGUUGAAAGCAAAAAGAGCGUUUGGUGGUUUCUUGAAAAUUCACUGCAACUCCACAGAGCACCCGUAAUUCGCAGCUUGUGUAUUGAACUCGGUCCAAGUUGUCCUACCGAUGCUCAUGUCGGGAAGUGGGUUGCAAACGCCGUUGAUCGCUGGGUGCUUGAGAUAAAACUCAAACUCCUCUGGUCCGCCGUUGAUCCAGCCAGCUUGCCCAAUACCCUUUACUCCUGCAAAUCUCUCGUGAUACUGACUCUCUCCGACAAGAUUCUCGUGGAUGUUCCUUCUUCCGCUUCCCUCCCAUCCCUCAGAUUCCUCGAGCUUGACUAUGUGGUUUACAAAGACGAUGAUUCUCUGGUUAGGCUCUUGGCGAGCUGCCCUAUUCUUGCGACACUGUGCGUCAAACGAAAUGACAAGGAUGACAAUGUCACGAGGUUUCGUGUGGAAGUGCCUAAUUUAUCGUCCUUAUCCUAUAGAAAUUAUAGAUACGGCUGUGGUGUAGGAGAUACUGGUAGGUACUUGGUUAUAGUUACUCCGGCAUUAACACACUUUGACUUCCGUGACUCUUCGGGAGACUCUUGCUCGAUGGAGCUGCCUGGUCUUGAUAGUGCAGUUAUCGACACUGCUUCUUACUAUCCUGAUGACAAGUUUCUAAGAUCUCUUUCAUCGGUCUCGUCUCUUGCCUUGUUUUUGACUGCUGCAACGGUAGCUCUCUCUUCUCUCUCUCUCUCUUUCGUCUCCUUGCUUGUGAUCUCAUUGUUGCAUCUAGCUGCGUGCUGAUAUGUUGGCUUUGUUCAUCACAGGUUGUGUGUUGUAGCACUAUCAAAUUUUCUCGGCUUAUAGACUGUGAGAUACUUCCAGAAGAAACAGACUGGGUGAAACCAACUCUACUGUUUCUUGAAAAUUCUCCGAAACUAAAAACUCUUGUGAUCAAUUGCGUACGUGUCCUCCCUCCUGCCUCCAACUUUGCAGAUGUGUUAAAAGAAGUAAGGUUGCAUGUUUGUGUUUGAUAUAUGCCUAAUAUAUAUUGCGGUUUUUGCUUUUCGCAGGAAUAUACCACCAAGGAUCUUCCUCUUUCAUGGAUUCAACCGAGUUUUGUUCCUGGAUGCGUGUCGUCACAACUCGAGGAUAUUGAGUGGAAUGGAUAUGCAGAUAGAUCAGAAGAGGAAGAGUUCUUGACAUACCUC